UCAUCCCAAAAGCAUAAAAAAGGAAAAAAAAAUACUUCAACUGGUUUAGUGCUCGAGGAGCCACUAAAUUAUGCAAUGGAGGCCCUUCAUCCAGUUGGAUUAACCCCACUCUCUGUUCUUGCUGAAAGAAAUAAACCAAGAAAAAAUUCAUCACUUGCCUCAAUUCCAUCGUUGAAGAACCAAAAUCUUGCCAUUUCUUUAUCAAGAAAUCUUCAAGGGGGAUUAGUCCUUUUAUCUACGGUUCUCGAUUUCGGGUUAGCAAAAGCAAUAACAUAUGAUGAAGCUUUACAGCGAUCAGUGACUAGUUCUUCCACCACUGACUUUGAUCCCAGUGGAGUAUUUGAUAGUGUGAUCAAUUUUGUUGUGGACAAUCCUUUAAUUGUUGGUGGUGGUGCGGUCAUUUUGGCGGUGCCGUUGGUGGUGGCUCAGUUGUUGAGCAAGCCUAAGCCAUGGGGAUUGGAGAGUGCUAAGACUGCUUAUACAAAACUGGCUGAUGACUCCAAUGCUCAGUUGCUUGAUAUAAGAGCACCAGGGGAGUUGAGGCAAGUCGGGAGCCCGGAUGUUCGGGGCUUGAGGAAGAAGCCGGUGGCGGUUGUAUACAAAGGUGAAGAUAAGCCUGGGUUUUUGAACAAGCUGGCUUUAAAAUUUAAAGAACCAGAAAAUACCAUACUGUUCAUUCUGGACAAAUUUGAUGGCAACUCCGAGCUUGUUGCGGAGCUGGUAACAGCCAAUGGCUUCAAAGCUGCUUAUGCUAUUAAAGAUGGUGCAGAAGGACCCCGAGGAUGGAUGAAUAGCGGCCUUCCUUGGAUACUUCCAAAGAAUACGUUGAGCCUAGACAUAAGCGGUUUUGCAGAUGCGAUCGGUGAUGCUUUGGGGGAGACUUCUGAUGCUACGUCUUUGACCCUUGGUGUUGCUGCUGCUGCCGGUCUCGGAUUAUUGGCCUUCACAGAGGUGGAAACAAUUCUCCAACUUUUAGGUUCUGCUGCUCUCAUCCAGUUAGUUAGUAAGAAAUUCCUGUUCGCAGAGGAUAGGAAACAAACUCUGCAACAAGUUGAAGAGCUCUUAAACACAAAAGUUGCCCCUAAAGAGCUUGUGGGUGAUAUACAGCAAAUUGGUAAGGCCAUUCUGCCAUCGACUGUGAGUAGCAAGGCUCUGCCCGCCCCUGUAGAGGCAAAUCCUGCUCCAGCUGAUACAACUGUUCAGAAAUCCGAGUCUAUCCCCGAGGUAAACAAUGCUCCACCUGAAGUCGAAUCAGCUCCCGAGCCCACUCCACAAAUCAAUUCAGUUGCCAAAGCAGAAGUAGAAGAAAAAUCCCUUCCUGAAAUUUCAAGGCCACUUUCACCAUAUCCUAAUUACCCAGAUUACAAGCCACCAUCCUCACCUAUACCAUCACAGCCAUAGAGGUUGGACGAGUUUAAUGGGAUAUCCGAUUUGGCUGGAAAUCAAAUAAUCAUAUUACCAGAAUUAUAGAAAUAUAUAAUCCUCUGGUACGAGGUUUUUGAGCUUACAUAUAUUGUGUUAUGAGAAAUCUUAAUGGUGGAUAGUAGAGAGGUUUCCUGGUUCGAUGUUUGUUAUCUAAUUCUUUGUAUGUAGGAGCGCAAUGUCGGAAAUUUGAAUAAUGUAUCAGUUGUAUCUGAAUUAUCUCUAUAUAAUGUGAUCACUUUAUUAUGUUUGUUAA